AUGGCGACAGCUCACACUGACGAGGUGAAAAGUAUGGAAAAUGCAAACCGAACUUCCCAUCCUGGGUUCAGCAGUGAGAAGUAUUCUUUACUCGUCGUUAUCGGGCAGCAUAGCCCGACUGGCUUUGUGGAAUACGUGGUUUCAGAGAUUGAACGAGGUAUACGCUCAUGGGAUGUGGACCUGACCGCCUGUAACCUGGAUGAACAACUUAAACUGUUUGUUUCGCGACACUCCGCCUCCUUCUCUGAGGAGGUUAAAGGCCAAAGGACACUGCAGCACAGUGGAGAUGUUUUGGAGACACAUGUGGUCUUAAACCCUUCCCAUGUUUUAGUCUGCUCAGAGGUUCGCCGGCUUAUUUCUGACGUGUCCUCCCACAAGCUGCUGAUUCUUGCUGGACAGUGUAUUGAAGAAUCUGGAGACCUGGUGUUGCAGUCUGGAUGCUUUUCCCUAAAUGAUUUCCUUCAGAUCUUUGCAGAUGGAGAAAUUGGUGAAUUGCUGAGCUCUGCAGAUCCUUCUCUAAAAGCCAGCCUUACUCUGAGCUGUCCGAACACUGGGGUAUGGAAGAAUUCUGUGUUAGCGAAGCCCAACCUGCAGGACUUCAUUGACAUCAAAACUAAUCCACCUACAGUGUUACCAGAGAUGGAGGGUCUCCAGGAGUUUACAGAGUACCUCUCAGAGUCUCUCGAACCCCAGUCCCCGUUUGACCUUCUAGAGCCUCCCAGCACAGUAGGCUUCCUCAAGCUAUCCCGCCCAUGCUGCUACAUCUUUCCAGGUGGAAGAGGUGACUCCUCCUUCUUUGCUGUGAAUGGUUUUAAUGUCUUGGUCAACGGUGGCUCUGAUUCUCGCUCCAGCUUUUGGAAACUGGUGAGACAUUUGGACAGAGUUGACUCCAUAUUGCUCACUCAUAUUGGUGUUGACAACCUGCCUGGUGUGAACAGUUUGCUCCAAAGAAAAGUAGCAGAGCAGGAAGAAGAGGAGUCUGCAGAUUCUCAGGGCAACGAAGACUGGCAAAAGAAUCUGAUUUCUCCAGAAAUUGGUGUAGUUUUCCUCAAUGCUCCAGAGAGGCUUAAGACACUUCAGCAUAGUCCCAGGAUACUGCGGAGCUGUGAUCAAGUUGCACUCACAUUACAGCAUCUUGAGAGGCUGUCAAUCUCACCAGAACCUCUCAGUCGCUCAAAUGGCUCAAGCAUUGAGCCGAUUAUCCUAUUUCAAAAGAUGGGAGUUGGUCGAUUAGAGCUCUAUGUUCUCAAUCCAGUCAAAGGAAGCAAAGAGCUAGAGGAUCUCAUGCAGACAUGGCCAAACUCUGUCUCUGGAUCAGAUAUUCCUCUGCCAUGCUUGGUUUCUAUAUGUGCUUUAUUAGUAUGGCAUCCUGCUAGUCCCCAGGAAAAGAUCAUCCGUGUUCUCUUUCCAGGGUGCACACCACAAGCCAAGAUCUUUGAGGGGUUGGAAAGACUGAAGCAUCUAGACUUUCUUAAAUACCCAGUGGCACGCCUGAAGGACUUUGAUGCACCUAAAUCUGAUAAACAGCCAUUACGAGCAGAGAGUAGAGAGAGCCUUAAAUCCAUCCCCAAAGACUCUAGACCAGGGAGUGCCUAUUUGAAAGACAAAGUCAGUAGAGUUGACAUCAAGAAGCAAGACACUAAGAGCAAGCCCAAAUCCACUAAUGAAAGUGCCCAGAAAGAAGGAAAGGAAGGGGAGGAGAAAAAGUCCAAGGAUGAUACUAAGCUGAGACCAUCUAAGCCAGAAAAGCAAAUAGUAAAGAAAGAAUCUGUGAAGGAGGAGAAGAAGGAAGUAAGGAAAAAAGAAGAAAAGACUUCAGUAAGUGUUAAGAAGGAGGAGAAUGUAGAGAAAAGGAAAGAGCCUUUAAAGAAAGAUUUGGGUUCAAGAUCCAAGAAAGAGAUUAAACCUGACAUAAAGAAAGAAGUUAAGAAGGAGCACAAGCCAGAGGAGAAGAAACCAACCAAAGCCAUUGGUAAGGAUGUCAAGAAAGUUACUGGGCCUCCACCAGCCACUUCAGAGACAAGAAAAUCAUCUGUAAGAAAUGGCUCUCUAAAAAAGGAUGUAGCGAACCCCAAAAAAGACAGCAUAACCAAGGGCACAAAAGGAGACAGUGUAACUAAAGGGACGUCUAAACUGGACAAAAAAGAGACGGACAAGCGUAAACCUACAGCAGAGGAUCCAGACCAGUUAAAAAUGUCCACCUCUCCACAUGAGCCUGAGCAAAGGCAGCUGAACGAAAAUAACCAUAUAAAGUCAUCUACUGGUGCUGAACAUGAAGACGCUGAUGUAGCUGCUACUGGUGAUCAUGAGUUGAAUGGACAGAGAGUAGGAACGGACAUUUCUGAAAGUCCAGAAAAAUUUAGAAGUAUAGAAAAGCUUCCCACUCCAAACAAUAAUAUGGGAUCACCCUCACCACUUGCAAAGACUCCAAAAAGCGAACGAAGUGUCAAUUUUGAUCUCACGCCUACUGACCAUGGGUCUAUGAAGGGCAGUUUGCCAAACAAUGGCCUGGAAGAUGACUCUGGGCAAAAUAGUGCAGGACACACUCAUGGCAGUUCAGACUUGAAUGUGCCUAGUCUUAGCUUUGAAGAUGGCCAAGUAAUGGGCCAAAACUCUGAGGCCUUGUCUUUUGAGCAGGUUCUUCCACCUGUCACUGAGCUAUCCAAAGAAGACAUCACUGAGCCAAUGGUCUCCAAUGGACAUGUAAAUCCUGAAUCAAAACUGGGCAUGUCUCUACCUUUAAGGACGUCACAUAACAUUCGCUCAGAAUGUGAUGGGUCAGACGAACAUCUAUCUGGACCUCAGGGUCUUUCUCCCGAUAUCCCACCUCACGAUGUUGAUCUAUGUUUGGUCUCACCAUGUGAGUUCCAACACUGUAAGUCCCCAGGCCAACAGCAGGAAAACACUUGUUCAGAAGACAGUGAUCUUUCCCAGGAGACAUCCUCACAGCUCUGCAAUAACAGUAACAGGCACUCCCCACAGGGCCAAGAGACCCCAGCAACUUCUAUUAGUGACUCCUUUCCCACAGCAUCAGACUCAGAUCUACCUCCUGCUACUGGAGAAUGCCCUUCCAUUAGUGAAGACUUGGAGUCUGAUGAGGACUCCGAUGCCAUUUUUCCACCCAACCAUCCACAAGACCAUUCUGCCCCUCGAUCAUCACACAGAAGCUCACAACAUUCCUCUCCAGACCCCCCUCCAGCACCGGUGAAGGACUUACCACCACUGCCACCACAGCCAGGCGCCUGCAUGGCUGACCCUGAGAAUGAUCCUCAAGGCAAGACUGCAAAGAAUGUAGCCUCGAAAGCCAAGAAAGCAGCAACACAGAAGUUAACGUCUACAAACAGUAUAAGUCAGAGUGGCAAAACAAAGUCUGGUGCUCAGACAACCAGUAGUGGUACAAUUCGAACAACAUCCAGCCUGGACACAAGGCCUGCCUCACGUAACGUUAGCAGUGGUGCCAAAUCCGCAACUGGAAGAUCUGCUUCAGGUGCAGUGAGUAGUAAGUCAAGUGCCAUGCCAGUUUAUUUGGACCUGGCAUACUUGCCCUCUGGCCCUUCCGCAUCCACUGUUGAGGUGGAUUUCUUCCGUCGUCUGCGCUCAUCUUGCUAUAUAAUUAGUGGAGAAGAUCCACUGAAGGAGUCUGUCAUGAGGCCCACUCUUGAUGCAUUGCUGGAGGGCAAAGCAGCCUGGCCAGACGUACAGGUGACCCUGAUCCCAACCUUUGACUCAUUGAUGAUGCAUGAUUGGUACCAAGAGACCCAUGAAAGACAAAAGGAGCUUGGAAUCACGGUACUGGGCAGCAACAGCACGGUUGCCAUGCAAGAAGAGACGUUUCCUGCGUGUAAAGUGGAGUUCUGAGGACAGCAGCAAUGAAUGACAGAAGAAAAAAGGCCGUUUGCUCUCGAUCCCUAAAGGACCCCAGCAAGUCUUCAUGACGUUGAUGGAAAAUGUGCUGCCACUGUUGAGUUUUCCAUAACUUAAGCAUGCUGUCUCAGCCUGAUUAGCAGGAUGUGACAAGUAG